AAGACUAUGUAAAUUUGUCAGAAAACACUCAAGAUUUCGACGAUGAACAUUACGUAAUCUUUGGUAAAUCAAAUAAUGGCAAUAUAGCUGAAAAAACAGAAGAAUUGAAAGAAAUUGUCGAAAGCGAUAAGUGGCUUAAACUGUUUUGUUGUGAUGAAAGUUCUAUUAUCGGUGAACUAAAAGAAGGUUUAUUCUAUCAAUAUGCUGAAGGAAAGAAUGAAGCGGAGGCAGAAAA